CGGGCAUUGGUUGCGGGAUUUGUGAAGACUGACAAGGAAUUUCAGAGAAGAGGAGAAACUUCUGGAACCACGGCCACGUUUGUGAUAGUGGAUAGGUGGACUGUAACAGUUGCUUCUGUCGGAGAUUCCCGUUGUAUACUAGAUGUGCAGGGUGGUGCUGUUACCAACUUAACUGUUGAUCACAGACUUGAGGAGAAUAUUGAAGAGAGGGAACGUGUUACUGCAAGUGGAGGGGAAGUUGGAAGACUUAGCAUUGUUGGUGGUGUUGAGAUUGGUCCACUUCGUUGCUGGCCUGGGGGUCUAUGCCUUUCUAGGUCAAUAGGAGACAUGGAUGUUGGGGAGUUUAUAGUUCCAGUACCAUAUGUCAAACAAGUAAAGGUAUAUUUUCUUUGCACUUUUCAGAUAAUCUCUUCUAAUAAACCAUCAAGUUGGUCCCUGAUUUAUAAUGAGACUGAACUGGCUGCGAAGCAGGUUGUAAAGGAAGCACUUAGAACAAGAGGGUUAAAGGAUGAUACAACUUGUGUUGUAGUUGAUAUAAUUCCACCUGAUAAUGAAUUGCCACUGCCACUGCCUCCCCCCAAAAAGCGGAACAAGUUGAGUGCUCUUUUGUUUUGGAAGAGGUCUCGCAACUCGGCUGGUAAGCUGUCAAAAAAGCUUUCAGCUAUAAAUAUAGUGGAGGAACUAUUUGAAGAAGGAUCAGCAAUGCUCGCGGAAAGAUUAGGAAACGAUGAAAACUCAGGUCAAUCAACAUCUGGCAUUUUCGUCUGUGCCGUGUGCCAGGUUGACCUUGCUUCAAGCGAGGGCAUUUCGGUCCACGCAGGUUCCAUUUUCUCCACCAGCUCAAAGCCAUGGCAAGGUCCUUUUCUGUGUGCUGAUUGUCGCAACAAGAAGGAUGCUAUGGAAGGAAAACGCCCUAGUGGAGUUAAAGUGUCAUAGCUUACAAUUCAUUGGUUUACUUCUAUUCUUUAUGCCUUCAUUCUUUUUCCUCUUUCUUUUGUAUAGUUGUGUUGCCUAAUGUGCCACAAAAUACCUUUACUCAAUAUUCCUGUAAAUAGAUUUCCAUCACGUUUUCAACCAUGGAUAAAAAUCAUCAAUCCUUUAAUCUAUUGGUGAAGAGGGUGAGGUCUCUUUCACUUAAAAAAGUCCAUUAGUAUUCAAAAACUGAGAUUUUAAUGAAUUAUUUUGAAGAUGAA